UGACACGGUGAUGAUGACGAAGACUCGGUCUCGUCGUUGACUUAUGUAGCAUCCCGUUGGAAAUCACCGACGAACGUUCGCAGGCCGCCCCACCGGAGCAUGUGCAUUCACCGUGCGUCCACUCGCGGCGCUGGAAGAUCGUGAUUCAGCGACCGAGCGACUUAAAUAUGAGCAGCGACGUGUUAUCCUCUUGACACUUGGAGCAACAUAAAUAAGAGUGGAUAAUGUGGAGCACGUCCAAAGAUCCACUACCAGGCGCGAUGGAAGGUGAACCACCUGAAGCUAUGGAGCAUACAAAGGAAAAAUGUGAACAGAAUAAGAAUCAGUUAGAAUCCCUCAAGGAAAUCAUGAUGAGGAAUCAACAAAGUUUGAAGAAGAAAGAAGAGGAAGUGCAGGAAUAUGCGCGGAGAUUGUCGAAAAUCAAGUCCCGAGCCAAGCUGUCACGUCGUAGUAAAGAAGGAUCUUCGUCAUCUAAAGAUACAGUGCACUCAUCUAAGACUGAAUCUACAGCAAUAGAUACAACAGAGGACGUUAUCGAUGACAUAAGUCAAGCAAAAACCCCAAAGGCGAAGUCUUCCUUACUUCAACGAAAAUUGGUGGAAAAUAGGAAAGCUUUCGAGCAACGUAGCAAGGAAUUAACGGAGACGAAACGAGCGGUGGAAGAAAAAGUUGAAGCUAUCAGACAACAACUGGAAGAAACGGAUUUGGCAUCAGCGGAAAUACACAGAGAUCAACUACCUGUCACGCCAGUCAGACCUCUUAUGGUGACAUCAGAUGUUAUGUCACCGAUUCAAAUUCAAGAUAUUCAGGAAAAGGAGAAUAAGAUAAUGGAACUGAGUAACAAAAUUCUCGAGUUGGAGGCAACUGUUCUAGAUCUCCAAGAAAACUUGAAGGAGAAGGAUUCUGUGAUUGAUUCCAAAACGAAAGCAGUCACUCUUAUGUCCGCAAAUCUUUCCAAGAAGGGAAAAACGACAUUGGAUACUCUCGAAGAUACGAAAGAUGAAAUGCGAACGAUGCAAGAAAAUUUUAUCUUGAUAGAAACCUCUUUAAAGAAUAAAAAUACCAGUCUAUUGGAACAACUGCAGGGAAGAGAUGAUAGAAUUUCGGAAUUGGAGCUUACAAUUAGCAGAUUUGAGGAGCAACUGAAAGAACAGAAAAUUGCUGAAUCAGCAAGUGCGGAUUUCUCACGCUCCACUAUGGAUACCUUAGCGGAGACCAAAGAUGCGAUGAAAUCGAUGCAGGAAAAUUUCGUUCUUAUCGAAUCCUCACUGAAAUUGAAGAAUGACAACCUUCUUCAGCAAUUACGGGAGUACGAAAUGAAAUUGGCGGAAGCCAAAGAAAAGAUAUUCCAACUGGAGUCGGGCGCCGGUAUAGUGACGGCUCCAGCAGUUGAGGAUCUACAAUUUAGGGUAGAUAGGUUGGAGCAGAAUAAUAGACAGCUUCUGGACGAGAAAUAUAAAUUGCAGAAAGAUAUCGCUGAAAUGCAAGACCAAAUUAUCGCUAGUAAAUCGGUUUACGACAAUAGUGAGAAGGAUAAUAGAAUAGUGGAGCUUGAGAAUUUAGUAGAAGAACUUAAACAAUCAAACAAAUUAUUAGAAGCGGAAUCGAAGGCCGAGCUACAGGAACACGUCGCUGAAUUGUCGUCGAAGAACGAGGAAUAUUCCAACAAAAUCACCGAUCUUGAGAAACAAGUACACGAACUCGAAGCAGAGAAGAGAUUAUCAGACGAACGAACGAUGCCCAAGGAAGACGAUAAAGUGAUAAUGCUGACGAAGGAGUUGGACGAUCUGAAUAAAAGUAUGAUCAAAUUGAAGGCCCAGCACAGGAGCAAAGUGAAGAAUUUGCAGAAGCAACUGGAGAACUUCAAAAUGGUGUCCGAUACAAAUGCGGAACUCGUCAGACUGGGCAACCAGGUGGCAUUACUUGAGGAGGAGAAAGGUAACCUUCAGCUGAGUCUGGUAGACUUUGACGAGCUUAAAGCCUCGGCAGGAGAUUGGCAAGAACGUGUGGCUGACCUCGAAAAUAAGGUUUCCUCUCAGACAAAAGAGAUACAGAUGCAUAUCGAUGCAAUCGCCACCUUAGAGAACCAAAAGUUAGAUCUAAUGCAAGAGCUUCACGCGGUAAAGCAGGAAGUUUCAGCGUUAGAAGCCGAGAACGCGGAGUCUGAGAAUCUCAGAGUGACCGCGGAAAUGAAGGUCGUCGAGUUGGAGGAGCAAUUGGAAGCUGUGCACAAGGAGCAGAGCGAGAAUAAGCUCGAAUCUCUGUCAGAAUCCGAGUACAACAACGAGCUCCUGAAGAAGAUCGACGCUCUGACGCAGGAGAACGCGGAAUUGUACGGUAAAUUGGGCAAAAUGGAGGAGAAGGGCGCGUCGGACACCGGCUCCACGGAAUCCUUCGAGGCGAUCCAGGUGAACGGCAAGAACGACUUGCUAAAGAAGAUCGAGGACUUGGAGCAGAAGAACAACGAGCUGACGCUCAAGCUGACGAAGCUGGAGGAGAAGGAUAGCUCGCACGCCGGCUCCACGGAGUCUUUCGAGACCAUCAACGACACGGAUCGCGGCGAGCUGCUGAGGAAGAUCGAGCAGCUUACCCAGGAGAACAGCGACCUGACGAUGAAGCUGAGCAGGAUCGAGGAGAAGGGAUCGUCCGACACUGGCUCCACGGAGUCCUUCGAGCGUAUCCCGGAGCAUAACGAGAGCGUGACGAAGAUAGAGCUGCUCACUCAGGAAAAUCACGAGCUUGUCGUCAGACUUACGAAACUGGAGGAACAGCUGAGCCAAAUGGAGAGCAGCGCUCGGUCGGACGUUCCUGAGAAAACGGAUGACACCUUAGAGACGCUUCGGCGGGAGAACGACCAUUUGACGGAGGAGGCCUCGAGGCUCAAGAGGCAGACGGAGGAGCUCACGAAGGAGAACAGCAGGUUGCAGGAUCGCGUGGGAGAGCUGACUCGGAUUUCCGAGACGGUGAAAACGGUCGAGUCCGUUUCUCAAGCUGAGGAAAGACAGCAAAGCUUUGAGCAAGAACUGCCGCGGGAGAUCCCGCUGGAACAGGUCGACAUGACGUCGUGUGUGACUGACGACACGAAGUCUCAAAUCGCGGCGUUGGAGAAGGAGAACGCGCGGAUGACAGCGGCGGUCGCGCAGCUCGAGGAACACGCCGACCGUCAGAAGGAGGAGCUGAGUAAAGUAGCUGGAGAGAAAGAGGAGCUGCGGCUGAAGUUGGAACGCGUGGCCUGCGACGACUUCGCCAAGGAGAGGCUGGAGCUCAUCGGCAAGUUGGAGAAGCUGAAUCAGGAGAAGGAGAGCAUCGCCCAGGAGAGGCACGGUCUGCAGGAACAGAUCAGCACGCUCCUGCAGAAGUCGUCCGACGAGAUCACGGAGAUGCGGAAGGAGGCGGAGGAAGCCUGCCAGGAGUCGCAGGCUGUGCUCGUGGCUUCCCUGGAGAGAGAGCUGGAGAACAGCCAGACGUUGCUGGCGGAUUACCGGAAUCAAGUGGAGGAGAUGAGCAUGAAGAUAGAGAGCAUGGAGGCGGAGCUGCGGGAGAAGACGCGGCAGUUGACGGAGCGCGAGGCGUCGGCUGACAGCUUGGAGCGGGAGUUGAAGGACAUGCUUGUCACCGCGGACGAAUGGAGGUUCAAGCACGACGACAUGCAGGCGAAGAUGCGAGCGUUGGAAGAAAGCAAGGCGUCGAUGGAGGAAGCGUUCGGAACGUUGGAAGGCGAUAACAAAGGAUUGCUGGAGGAGAUGAAGGAGAAGGACGCGGCGACGGUCGCUCUGCAGGAGCGACUUCAGGCCACGAUAGGCUCGCUCGAGACGAUGUUGCAGGACCAAGAGACGAGUCUGGCCGCGAAGGAACGUGAGAUCGUGGACUUGAAGUCGGUAAUCGAGAGCAAAGAUGAGGAGCUGCACGCGAAGUACGCGCAGCUGCAGAACGAGAUGAUCGCUAUAGACAGUCUGCAGGAUGAGUUGAAUAACUGCGGUACGAAGUUCAAAGAGGCCUUGUCGACGUCGUCAGAGGAGAUCGCAAGGCUCAAUGCCGCGGUAAAAGAGAAGGAGGAGGAGAUUCUGGCUCUGAGGGGCAACAUCAGCGAGAUGAGCCAGGCGUCCAAGCCUUUGGCGGAGUUCAACGAGCUGUUGGCGAGCCUGCGAACCGCGGAAACGAAUUACACCGAAUUGCAGGGCAAACACGAGGACCUUCUGAAGGCGAACGACGAUCUGUCGCGACGGAUCGAGGAUAUGACCGGGCGCGAUGAGGAACGUAGGAUGGACCUGAAGAACGAAUUGACGAAGAAGGCGCAGGAAGUCGAGGAUCUGUUGAGAGCCGUGCACGACGCGGAAGCGUACAUCGAGAAGACCAAGAGUCAAAGGACCGAGGCCGAGAAGAGAAACUGGGAGCUGCAGACGAUCCUGGACAAUCAAACCGUGUACGUCGAGAAGGUGCAGUCAGAUUUGGCGAGCGAGUAUAAGCAGAUGGAGCAGCUGAAGAUCAAGCACACAGAGGACAUAUCGAUGCUGAAUCGCAGGUUGGAAGACGUAAUCGAGGACUUGACCGCGAAAAUGCAGGAGAACGAGGCUCUGAGGGCCGAGUUAGAUGAAAAGGAGGAAUUGCUCGGCAAGAACGUCACCGAGGACGCGAAGACUGCCUUGGAGGGCAGGCUCGCCGAACUGGAGCAGAAGCUGUCGGAGUCGGAGAGCAAGCUGCAGGCGCAGUCCGAGAAGAUGAAGAAGAUCGUGGCGACAUUCAACAAGAAGAAAGUGGUGUGCCAAGAGCUCGAGGCGCGAGUCGCCGAGCUGGAGGAAAAAUGGACGACGGAGAAGGAUGAGAAGGAGGUGAAGAACAAGAAGAUACAGGAGGUGGAGAACUCCAUGCGGGAGAAGGACAACAAAAUCGCCGAUCUGGAGGAGAAGCUGCUGCAGGCGAAGAACGACACGACGGAGGCCCUCGCGAACGCGGAGAGGCUCGCGAAGGAUUCGGACAGCCUGAGGGAGAAGAUGUCGGUCCUGAUGGAGCAAAUCGCGGAGAUGGGCGACGAGAUCGAGGAGCAGCGCGCGGAGAUGGACCAGCUUGUCCGGCAGAUGGAGACCGAGAGUGCGACGCGCGACGACAUCGUACGGCAGUACGACGGUUACAAGGAGACCGUGAGCCGGGAGAACGAGCAGAAGCAGGCGGUUCUCGACGAGGUGAAGGACGAGGCGCGAGAGUUGAGCGUGCGCAUGCAGGUGAUGGAGAACGAGUACGUGGAGCAGCUCGCGCUGAUAAAGAACCUGCAGGCGGAGAACGGGCUCCUGUCGUCCAAGCAGACGCAGAUCAACGAGAAACUGGAGAACGCCGAGAAGGAGUCGGAGGAGCGUCGCGUGCUGAUCGAGCAGCUGCGGAAGCAGAUCUCAGCCACGGAGGCCGUGCAGAUGCCGGGAGAGGAAGCGAGAGAGAGCGACGCGCAGCGUUGCGGCGGCCACUCCGAGCAUUGUCAGAAUAUGAUACACGCGUUGGAGAUGCGUCUGCAGCAGCGCCAAGCGGAGAUCGAUAAUCUGAACAAUGAACUGGCUAACUCGUACGGCAGCAUCAUGCUGCUUCACGACAAGACCGUCAGAUACAACGAUAUGAUGAUGCAGACGGCCCAGGAGCGCUUCAAUCAGUCCCUCGUUGAUCAGACGAACGCGUUGCAGCAGGAGAUCGACUCUUUGAAGACGGAGAAGAGCGUGAGCGAACAGAGAGUGCUGGAAUUGGAAGCCGAGUUGGAGGAGCACAGACGCAAGGGUGGGGAGAGUAUAGCCGAGGUUUCCGGACCAGCCGAGGAUUCCGGAUCGGCCGAAGCCUCCGGAUCAGCCGAGGCUUUCGUCGCCGAUGGUCAACGUCAACGGGACGACGCUCCGCAGCUGUUCGAUGCUUCGAAAAUUUUCGGCAUUGCCGUCGCUUCCUCGAGCAAAGACGACGCCUCGGACAAAGAUGAGAUCGCGCGGCUGCAGGCUUUGCUGAACGAGAAAGAGAUUCAGUGCUGCCAGCACAUGAAGGAAAUCGAGCUUCUGCGGAAGAGCAUAGAGGAGGAGAAGUCGCACGCGCAGAGCUUGCAGGCGCAGCACGACAACCAAGCGAAACACUGGGAAAUGCAGGUGGAUUUCGCGCAGGACGAGCUGAAGAAGAUGGAGGAUCUGCAUUCGGAGAAAAUGGAGUCGCCGGCCGCGGAGGGUCGCUCGGCGGGGCUGUGUGCAGAAUGCCAGAGGCUGAGGGAUCUCGUGCGCGCCAAGGACGACAUGAUCGAUACGUUGAGCUGCUCGUUGAGCACUGCGAGUCGAGAGCUGGAAAUGCGGAUGCUGCGCGCCAAUGUGGAAGCCAGCCUGCAGAUGGAGAGCCCGCCCAAGGACACCGACACCGACGACUCGCCGCAAACGGAGCUGACUUCCCCGAGGCAGGCCCUGCAGGCGUUGACGAUGGAACGAGAUCAGCUGAGCAGCGCCUUGGAAGCGCACAGACUCCGGAUGAACGACAUGGAAGCGGACAGCGAGCUGAAACAGGUAUUGGAGCAGCGUGUUUCCGCGGUUACCACCGAAAGGGACUUGCUGCAGUUGCGAGUGAACGACUUGACGCGAUCUUUAGAGGAAAUGAAAGAGUCGCUCGCGACUCAGCAUGACCUGCAGGUCGCGUUGGAGAGCAUCUCGCGCGAGAAGGAUCAGGCGCAGGUGCUUAUCGCGGAUCUCACGCGAGCCUUGGAGGACUCGCAACGAGAUCUUCGGGAAUCGAAGAUGCGCGACGAGGAGCCGAAAGAGCCCGCUUCUGUUGAGCAACCGGCCGUCCAACGAGAGCUGAGUCAGCAAGUGUCCGCGUCUGUCGAGGAAUCGCUCGUCCGUCGAGAAUACGUGGAGUCUGCUGAAGUUCCCACCGAGCAGGAGGCGCGAGACAAACCGGAGGCUUCGUUCGACGUGGAUCUCAAGUGGGACGCCGGCUCGUCGGAGAAACUCAACGUCGACGAGGAGUCCUGGGGCUGGAGCACGGAGGACGCCCAAUUGGCCGGCGACCAACACCUCGGCGGCACGAUGACGCUGAUCCCAGACGCCGAGGCGCGGCUACGCGCCCAAGUGGGGGACCUGCAGGAGAGAAUUCAGGAGCUGGAGACGCAGAACGCGAGGAUCGCGGAGGAAAGCAAGGCGGCGCAGGUGAAAAGCGGCAAGCUGGUGAAGAAGCUGAAGGAGUACAAGGUGCAGGUGGAGAGCUUGCAGCAGCAGCUGAAGACGCAGAAACAAGCCGACAGCUUCUUCGACCUGGACACGGCUAUCGAGGAGGAGCUGAAGACCCAGAUCGCUAACCUGGAGAAGGCUCUCAGCGAAAUCAAGGAGGAAAAGAAGAACAUCGUCGCCGAGAAGGAGGCCUUGUUGAAACGGCUCGACGUGGUGGUGUCGGCCAACGAGAGGUACAUGGAGAUGAAGGAGAGGCAGGACAUGGAGGUCGAGGUGUUGCGUAUUCAGAACAAGGAACUGGGUAACAAGGUGCAGUCGUUGGAGUGGCGGUUGCAGGAGAACGCGACGGAGAGCGCGGAGGAAGAUACCGGCUCUCCGCAAUACGAGGCUCAGCAAAGCGACGGUUCGCGUCACGAGGUCGACACGACCGGCGCACAGCCGCGAAAGAGAUCGACGGAACCCAGUGACGACCUGGAGGCGAUAUCGGGCAAAUACAAGGAAGAGUUGGACGAUCUGAAGGACGAGCUGGAGGCGCUCGCUGCGGAGAACGAGCAGCUGCAGCAUUUCUUGGAGGAGCAGAAAACGACGAUAACGAGCUUGGAAGCGAAAGCGGCCGGUGACGUCGGCGAGCUCACGGAGAAGCUCGAGAUCUUGAACAGUCAGCACGCCCAGUCGCAGAGCGCUCUGAGCAAGAGCAAGGAGGAGUACGACACGCUCAGGAAGCAGUACGAGCAGAGCCUGAUGGACGCGAACGACCAAGUGGCGGUGAUGCGGCAGAACGGCGAGCUCCUCAAGAUCGAGUUUUCCGAGAAGGUGGAAAGGUUGGAGUCGGAGAUGAGCGGUCUGCGGAAAGUCUUGGAGGAGAAGGAAGCGUUGGAGGACAGGAUCAGCGCCCUGACGAGCUCGGAGGAGAAGCUCUCGACCAUCAACGCGUCCUUCGUGGAGGUGACAGAGCUGCUCAACGCCAGAGUGCAGGAGGUCGCCGAUCUGAAGCAAGAGCUUCAGAACCAAUACGUGGACAGGCAGCAGGCCGAGGCGACGUUGCAGUCGGAGAUGCGAGAUCUGACGGAAGAGUUGCGCGAGAGGAAGCAGGAGUUGGCGGCGUUGAGGCAGACAUGCAGCGACAGAGAGCACGAACUGCUGCGGCAGCGGAGCGUGGAAACGGUCAGCGCCAUCGUCAGCGAGGCCACUCAGGAACUGGUCCAGAAGCACGCGAUCGACAUCGAGGGGAAGGACAAGGAGCUGCACGGUCUAACGGAGAAAUUGCGGGCGUUGCAGACGACGGUUGACGAGUACGCCUCGCAGCUGCGGGACAGCGCAGCUCAGUUGGAAACGCAACGGCGACAGAUCGCGCAGCUGAAGGAGGAUCUGACGGAGCGAGACUCGAUCGUGGAGAGCGUGAAGGCCGACGCGGACUCGACGAGCGGAAAGUUGCGGGAGAAAGAGGAGGAGCUGGUGCGACGCGACGAAGAGCGCUCGAAACUCGCGGCGGAAUUGCACCGGAGUUUAACGGACAUUCAGCACUUGCAGGCUCAGCUGAGCGCCACCGAGAUGAUUACGCUCGAGUUGCAGGAGUGCCAGUCGCGUAUUCGCAGUCUGGAGCAACAGAUUCAAGUCUUGAAUUCGGAGGAGUCGACAUUGCAUCAAUACGACCAGGAGACGUAUCAGGCUCACUUGGAGAGCAACAGACGGCAGAUCGACGAGCUGAAGCACGAUCUGCGGGAGAAGACCGAGCAGUUGCAUUACUUGAGCGCGCAGCUGUGCGCCAAGGAUGAGGAUCUCGAGGGAAUCAAGAGCAUGAUGACCGACAAGGAUUCUCUACUGGACGUCGUGAAGCAAGAGCUGAGCGAGAAGCGAACCGAGCUGGAGAAACUGCGGAAUGAGCAGCCGCAGAGUUCCAAGAUGAUCGACGGUCUUCCCGUCUUCAAGAUGGGCAACGACGACGACGCGGAGCUGCAGAAGACCGUGGACGAGCUGAAGACGCAGAUGGAAGCCAAGCAGCAGGAGCUGGAGCAUCUCAAGCACGUUCUCAGCGAGAACACGUACCCAACGAUUAUCCAGCAGAUGCAGGACAGGAUCAAUUGUCUGUACAACGAGAAGGCGACGUUGGAGGCUUCCUUGCGAACGACCUCGCAGACUCUGACGGAGAAGCAGGAGCAGGUGUACCUUCUGACGCAGCGCAUCAACGGGCAGAAUCAGGAGCACAUUUCCAAAGAGGAGGCCAACAUGCUGUCCAGGGAGCGCAGGUCCGCCCACGAUCAGGAGGAAAUCGUCCGGCUGCAGAACGAACUGCACGCCAAGGAACAGGAGAUCAACGAGCUCAAGUACGUCAUAGCUGAGAAAGACUCGCAGCUGUGCCUUCAGGCCAGCAUGGAGCCGCAAUCGGACGAGUUCGAGCUGCGUGAGACUGUGCAGAGGUUGACCGGAGAGUUGUACGGCAAGGAACAGGAGGUGCAGACGUUGAAGGCGAGCAUCGCGGAGCUGCAGGAGGAGCUGUCGCGUCUCAAGGACUUCGAGAGGCUGUCCGAGGAGAGCAGGAACGCCAUCGAGAAGCUGCGCUCGGAGAAAGAGCAAGUCCGCGCCGAGGCCGAAGAGUUCCUCAACCGGGAACUGCAGAAGCGAGAGGCGGAGAUCGGCGAGAUAAAGCAACAGCUGUCGGAUGAGAAACAACAGUUACUGAUGGAGCUCCAAGUAAAGAACAAAGAUAUCGAGAACCUGAAUAUGCAGCUGAUGCAACUGCAGAACGACUGGAGCAACAAGUUACGGGAGAAGGAGAACGAGCUGGCGCAGAUGGCCUACAGUUUUAUGGAGAACGAGAAAAAACUCACCGAAAUAAAUAGGACCAAUCACACCAUGAUCUACAAUAUGAAGAUGAUAAUAUCCGGGCAAAGCGCACGUAUACAGGAAUACGUGACGUUGUCAGCGAUGAAGGAGGAUCAGCUAAACCAGCUGAGGCAAAUUAUAACGGCCCAGCAGAUGGAAGUGAACACACUGAAGCAGCUGUUGGAGCAGAAGGUGUCCGAGUACGAGCUGAUACAGCACGCCUUGAAGAAGGACGUGUCCGUUAUCGAAGCCGCGGCGUCGAAGAACCCGGAAACCGUUCAAGCGGCUGAUGACAAAAAGGCCGCCUCGAACGAGUUGGACCUCGCCCUGUACAUGCUUCAUCAGAGAGACGUCAGGUGCGAGGAGCUGACCCACGAGUUGAUGCAGUUGCUCGAGGAACGCGACACGUUGCAGCUGCGGUUGUCGAAUGCCAUCCGGGUGAACGAGGAGCUCAGGAAAACGAGCAGCGUCGAGGCGAGUCCGACGAAGGAAUCGACGACGCCGGUCCCGUUAACGAUGAUCGAGCCCGUUGUGGAACAACCGUCGCCUUCCAAGUCCGAGGGGCCGGUGGAGAUCGCGAAGGAAGCCAUCGACGACCCGAUCGAGGACAAGGAAGCUCUUGCUCUCAAAUUGUCGCAGUUGCAUUCAGUCAGCCACACGAAGGACGUAAGAUUAAAAGACGAGCGGGAGCUCAGGCACACGCAACAAAUGUCUUUGUUAGCGCACAGGGACGUGUUAAGUACGUUACCGCCUGAAGCAGCCGCGAGGCUUGUCAACGCUAAUUAUACACUCUCUCGAGAUGUUCGGAGUCAGUCGAGCGUCCUCCUGAAUUGGUUAUGGGGCAAGAGCACACCGAAAGUAGUGCACAUGUGAUGAACAAACAGCGGGAGUGAAACGGCCAUUGUGCUUGCCUUCUGGAUACAUUCCUGCCAAGUGCCAACUGCCAAGACUUAUACUCGCAGUUAUCCAUGCGUAGUUGGAACUCGUCAUGCAUUUUUCAGGCAGAAGUCAUUUGCGGAGCUUGCACACUAACGAUCGCGACGAAUUUCUUUGCGGAAGUGUGCGACGGAAGAAGGCAUCGGGAAGGGAUGUUUUUCAAAUCACAUGUACAGAUUGUAGGUAGUGUUCUUUCACGGAAAAGUCGUUCCUCUUCGGAGAAGAAGAGAUUAAGAAUAGCCGAAACUUACGUGUAUUAUAAGGUUGUAUAGCCGAUGUGUACGAGAGAUAAACAAUGAAACCUAAAAUAUUGCCUUAGGUAAUGGUUAUGUAAUUUCAGUGUGUUAAUGUUUUUUUUCUUUAUUUUUAUUUUCUGACUAAAUUGUCGAUAUGUGUGUGGCAUGCGUUGAAAUAAUUUUGAAUCUUGGCGUUACGAAAUAAUACGCGGGCGUAAAUAUUCCGCCGAUUCAUUAAUUAAAAUAUCUGCCUGUCUUAGGAAAUUAUCUACGAUUGUCUUCCGGCUUGUUACUGCAAUUAUCUCAUCGCUAUCAUUAUUAUUAUUAUUAUUAUUAUUAUUAUUAUUAUUAUUAUUAUUACUGUACAUCGAAAGGAAGCCGCGUAAGACGAAUCAUAGGUAAUCCAAAGGUAAUCUGCGGUAAUUAUAAAUUAUUCGAUGUUCUAUUUCCAUAUAAAAAUUUUGUACAGAGAAUGAAAGAA